AUAAACAAAUUUUGAAACGAUUUAUCGCAGUCGAAGGAGAGAUGCAUACUUGUCUACAAUUAAUAAUACUACAAACACUUUUCGUCCGUUCCACUCAAGCUACAUGUCCAUUUCCUAGUAGUAAAGAUGACAUUUGCACAUCAAUCAAAGAGUUUUUAAACUCAUUGAUUUCGCUUAAAGCAGCGAUUCUAGAGAAUUUUGGUAUCAUUGAGAAGACUAAAGAUCAAAGUUCGAUUAAGAUCCAACAAGGGUUUGGAUAUAAAGCUAAGAAAUAUUGUAGCGAUAUCAUAAAUGAAUUGAAACAGCUGUACAAUCUAAGUUCUUCUAAUUUUUAUGAAGAAACAUCUUUGGCUAUGGAAUUUUCUCAUAUGGCGGCGCUGGGAUUCGAAGUCGGCGAUAAAAUUGUUUGGGGAUGCGGUGGAUCUUUGAUAAGUGAUAAAUUCGUGCUUACCGCCGCACAUUGCAUCGUCGAUAAAAAUCUAGGGCAAGUGAACUACGUUAGGUUAGGAGUCAACAGGAAGAUUGAGGAUGUCGAAAAUUUUCAAGUGGUCAACGUGUACGCACAUCCCGACUACAGACCUCCUCUUCGUUACAACGAUAUAGCCUUGAUCGAGUUGCACGAUUCUGUCCUAUCUUCUACUUAUCCGAAUGUUGCCUGCUUAAACAUCGAUCGGAAUGUCAACGGUUACGAUAAAUUCAAUGUAACUGGUUGGGGUUUGUUGCAGAAUUUCGGUGAAUCAGCCGAUCAAGUGCAGAAGGUUGAAGUAGAUUUGGUGAGUUGGAUGGAAUGUAAGCAACAUUAUCCAGCUGAUGGUGAAUUAAAGUCAGGUAUUGUGGAUGACCUGCAGAUAUGCAUUGACACAUGUCAAGGUGAUUCCGGUGAACCAUUGCAGAAAAGGAUACUAUUUAAUCCACUGCCAAGAUUGAAUACAAUAUUCGGUGUUUCUUCUUUUGGAAAAGGAUGUGGAUUGUCAUCCAGUCCUGGCGUUUACACCAGAGUCUCAAACUACAUAGAUUGGAUAGAAUCGAUUGUCUGGCCUAAUUAAUAAUAUUUAUACAAAAUUUAACACAUUUUAAUUAAUAAUCAUUGAUAACUGUCACAGAAAAUAUUGACAGUUUUGUCAAAUUAAACCCCAUGAUGAAACGUCACUAAUCUAAUAUUACAU